GAGAGGACAGAAGAGUGGCUGUGGUGUGUGUGUGCUGUCAGUGUGUUCCCUGCUGAGGGCUCGAGCGCACACCUCUGUGAGACCCGACACGAGUGUGUGUGUGUGUGUGUGCGAGUGAGUGUGUGCUGGUCUGUGCGGAGCUUUGACACACAGGAGGGAAUGACAUGAACGCUCAUGAGAGGAAGCGAGGAAGAGACCUACGUGGACAGCAAGUGUUCCUGAGAGCGGACGACACACCUGCUGUCUUACACUCCCUACAGCGCUGAGUGUGUAUCAGAGAUCCAGAGAAAGCCAAUGCAGCGGCACGUUCACUUCAGAGACACACGCCACGAUGCAGUAGAGGAUGCAUUGCUGCAGUUGGCCUCCAUUGUUGAUGUCAGGAGCCUUCGGACGACCAUCAAAGAUGUGCUCAGAGUCGUCCUGCCAAACGUGGAGUGCGUGUACGUGUACCUGUUGGAGGCGGAGUCUCGGCUGCGAUGUGAAGACCCGCCCCAUGAGGUGCCGACAGAGGGGAAGCUCAGAGACGCGGUUAACCAGCAGAAGAGACUCCAGUGCUCCGGUCUGCCGUCAUCAGAACUACACGAGAAACACACGAGCGCACUGACCGCGCCGCUGCCGCCUGAUAAACGAGUGCUCAUCAUACCGUUAGUGGACCGUGAUGAAGCGAAGGUUAUCUCUCUGAUUCUGCUCUGCUGUAAACUACUGACUGAACAAGACGAACAAAACCUGAACAUCCUGGAAAAACACCUCACCGUGGCCUGUAAGCGAGUGAGAGAUGUGCAGAGAUGCUCCAAACGGCCACAUGGGCAAUCCCACAAUGCACCAGCGGAGCCCAAACCCAGCCCACAGCCGGAGGACUACAGAGAACUCGACCGCAAGAUCUUACAGCUGUGUGGUGAGCUGUACGAUCUGGACGCCGCCUCUCUGCAGCUUAAAGUCAUCAACUAUUUGCAGAAAGAAACUCAGUCGCAGUCCUGCUGUUUACUGCUGGUGUCUGAAGACAAUCACCAACUCUUCUGUCAGGUUGUUGGAGAUAAAGUUUUGGAAGAGGAAAUUAGUUUUCCACUCAUGUUCGGUCGCUUCGGGCAGGUGGUGGCGACAAAGAAAUCCAUUACAUUACAGGACGUCAGCCAGGAGGAGCGCGGGUUGUUGAGCAGUUUGCUGGGGUUCGAGCCGAACUCGAUGCUCUGCGUUCCCGUCAUCAGUCAAGCCACUGGACAGGUGGUGGCGCUAGCGUGCACAUUCAACAAGCUGGGAGGACAGAGGUACAUGGAGGCGGAUGAGCACGUGAUUCAACACUGUUUCUGUUACACGUCGACGGUUCUCACCAGCACACUGGCCUUCCAGAAAGAGCAGAAGCUCAAGUUUGAGUGUCAGGCUCUUCUUCAAGUGGCUAAAAAUCUCUUCACACACCUCGAUGACGUGUCUGUACUGCUGCAGGAGAUCAUCGUCGAGGCCAGAAACCUGAGCAACGCUGAGAUUUGUUCGGUGUUCCUGUUAGAUCGGGUCAGUCAUGAACUCGUGGCUAAAGUGUUUGAUGGAGGAGUCGUGAACGAUGACGAGAAGGAGUUUCGUAUCCCGGCGGAUCAGGGCAUCGCUGGCCAUGUCGCCACCACUGGGAAGAUCCUCAACAUCAAGGAUGCGUAUUCCCACCCUCUGUUUUACCGCGGUGUGGACGACAGCACAGGCUUCAGGACGAGAAACAUCCUCUGCUUCCCCAUCAAAGACGAAAAUGAAGAGGUGAUUGGAGUGGCAGAACUGGUGAAUAAAACGAAUGGUCCAUGGUUCAAUCGUUUUGAUGAGGAUCUGGCGACGGCCUUCUCCAUCUACUGUGGCAUCAGUAUCGCUCAUUCUCUCCUGUAUAAGAAGGUCCAUGAGGCUCAGUUCCGCAGUCAUCUGGCCAAUGAAAUGAUGAUGUACCACAUGAAGGUGUCGGAGGAAGAGGUCACUAAACUUCUGGACACUGGCAUUGAGCCGGUCCAGAAAAUCCACCCCAACUUUGCCGAGUUCACUUACACGCCGCGGUCUCUGCCGGACGACAGCACGCCUAUGGGCGUUCUGAGCAUGUUUGAAGACAUGGGCUUCAUAAACACCUACAAGAUCGACCUGCACACGUUAGCCAGAUUUUGUCUGAUGGUGAAGAAGGGCUACAGAGAUCCUCCGUACCACAACUGGAUGCACGCCUUCUCUGUCUCACACUUCUGCUACCUGCUGUACAAGAACCUGGAACUAUCCAACUACCUCGAAGAUAUAGAGAUUCUGGCGCUCUUUGUGUCCUGCAUGUGUCACGAUCUGGACCAUCGAGGAACCAACAACUCCUUUCAGGUGGCUUCGCAAUCCGUCCUGGCGGCUCUGUACAGCUCAGAGGGGUCUGUGAUGGAGAGACAUCACUUUGCUCAGGCCAUCGCGAUCCUCAACACACACGGCUGCAACAUCUUUGAGAAGUUCUCUAGAAAGGACUAUCAGCGGAUGCUGGAUCUGAUCAGAGACAUCAUCCUGGCCACAGAUCUGGCUCAUCACCUGAGGAUCUUCAAAGAUCUGCAGAAGAUGGCCGACGUUGGUUAUAAUUCGAAGAAUCGAACGCAUCGCAGUCUGCUGCUGUGUCUGCUCAUGACCUCCUGUGACCUCUCCGACCAGACCAAGGGCUGGAAAACCACCAGGAAGAUUGCGGAGCUGAUCUAUAAAGAGUUCUUCUCUCAGGGUGAUUUGGAGAAGGCGAUGGGAAACAGACCCAGUGAGAUGAUGGACCGUGAGAAGGCCUACAUCCCUGAACUCCAGAUCAGCUUCAUGGAGCACAUCGCCAUGCCCAUAUACAAGCUCCUGCAGGAACUUUUCCCGCGCUCAGCCGAGCUGUACGAGCGUGUGGCCGCCAACCGUGAGCAGUGGGCCAAAGUCUCCAACAAGUUCACCAUCCGCGGGCUGCCGAGCAACAACUCGCUGGACUUUCUGGACGAGGAGUUCGAGCUGCUGCAGUCGCAGGGCGCCUUCGGAGACGAUUCGCACCGCAUGAACGGCUGCCUGGACGAUGACUGUGACAAACACGACCAGUGACGUCACUAGGGCAAAGUUUCAUCUGACGGAGUUCCGUCUUGGUAAAAAUUCAGAGGAAAGGUUCGUUGUCACCUUUUUGCCGUUGCCGUGAAGACGGGUUUUUUGCGCGAUUGCGCAGUCAUCGGAGCGUCUGGCGUUUGGACAGAAGAAUAGUGCGAAUUUGCCCAAAAAUGUUACAUCCUCACUGGCCCCGAGCUUAUUUUAUAAGAUAUAAGAAAACAUAUUAGAUUGAUUGAAUACCUAAAUGCUCAAAAACGUGUCAGCUGAGAGUUCUAAAGUGAACAAUUCCAGUGUUACAGUGUUACAAUUUUUAGAACUUAUUGUUUCAGAUUGUUUCAAAGCAGCUUCACAGUAACAAACAGGAAAAUAACAGAAUCACUAAUGCAAACUUAGACAAAUAGGCUCUAAAAAGUCAUUAUUCAGCUCAAGUUUUCCCACUGUUUACAGUACAAGCAGAAGCUGAAGGAAAACUAAGCCACACAGAAAUUUGUCUUUGGAUAAUUAAUCUUUCAUCUCUCAGGCGUCAGUUUCUCCCUGUUUACUCAGAAAAAUGCAACAUUUCUCCAUUCCCAAAAUCCCAAUCCCCAAAACAGUCAUCUCAAUCGGAGUCAGGCAAACAGCGGCUGGCGGCCAGAGAGCGAUGAGAGCGACACACGGAGCUCUGGGUUCAGAAGCGGCCGUCCUGACGGGACGCCGAGACGUUCUGAAGCUCUGUACAUACAGUUCUGUGUUUUAAAGGGCUACGCGGCCCUCACACUUUUCUUUCUCAGGAUGGCAGAAUGUGUGCGUCAAAUGGAUCUUGCCUUACAAAUGUUUGCGUUGCCUUCCUGAGGGACUUUAAAAGAGAUAUAUGUAUAAAAACAUUCAGCCUGUCUGUGAACAGUUCUGAAGCUACAUGGAUAUAUAGAAAUAUCUAUUUGCAGUGCGUAAAUGUGUGUUUGCACAGGUGUGACUGUAAGUGCAUUUGCCAAAAUCUGCAAAGGAACAGAAAACAAAGAGGGUGAUGUCUGUUUUAUGAAAAUUGUGAGUUUGCUUAUACUAGUUUCUCUCUCACGGGUCGCCAAUAUUAACCUGCAGUGGAGUGUGAAUUUCACAAAAAACUCCAGCAUGUUUCACCCUAAAAUCAAAAGAAUAAAUGAUAUUUUGCAUUAAAGAAAUGAAGCCUGUUUUUAGGACCAUUAAGAUUGUUGUCAUUGUGACAUGAAAUGAACCCCCUACAUAUAUAUAUAUAUACAUAAACACAAUUUAAACAUUUUAAAAAAUAUGAGAAUAUAAAAAUUAUAUGAGAAUAUAUAUAUAUAUAAUUCUGUAAUAAUAUUUUUAUUCAUAUGAAUUAGCUUUUAUUUUUAUAUUUUUAGUUUUAUACUUUAGUUUAUGUUAAUUUUAGUUUAAUUUUUAGUUUUUUUUUUUUUUUUAAGUUUUUCAACAAAUUUUUAUAUUUAACUUUAUUUUUCAACUGACAGAAAUGUGUGUGUAUAUAUAUAUAUAUAUAUAUAUAUAUAUAGUAUAUGGGGUUAAAUGUUUAAUUGUCAUAGUGCAAAAAUAUUAAUGCUCCUAAAAAUGUGUUCAUGCAAAACUUCUAUUUUGGUCUUGAUUUUAGAUGAAAUAUGUCAGUUCUGUUGACGUUCACCCCAGGGAAAUUGUACUGAUGUGUGACUGUAAAACUCUGUCUGACGUUUCAGAAAUGCAACUCUCUUUGUCGUCAGAGCUUAACGCAAAACACAAUAGUAAAACUACUGUUUCAGUGAGCCAGAGAUCCAAACACAAACCUUCAUGCUUCAACAUCAGCUAGUCUUACUCCAGAGAGAGCUGUGAAUUCUCCUGAAGAUAUUUAUGAUAAAUCCUCAGUCUGGUGUUCAAAUUACAGGUAAAAGUUCAGUGUGACCAUGUGAGGAAAUGUUAUGGAUUUCUGGCUUUGAACAUUUAAUUUUUCUAACGAUUCUGCUGUAUUUCAAAGAAAAGAACACAUAUAUUUAAAAACCAUGCUGGCGGUCAACUUUAAAUAAUUUAAAUGCUUUCUUAUAGAGUUUCUUAUUUCUCCAUUGUAUUUUGAGUUAUCAUUAUUACAGAUAUGAUGUUAUUGUUUUCUUGUGCAAUAAGUGGUUUUUGCGUCGCCUCGUGUACAUAACAUCCAUUUCUAAAGGAUUACUUUUUACACACACUUUGAUUCUAUUUUCUGGUAUUUGUACACGUUUGUACUGUAGGUGACGGUAAAUAACAUUGUUUUCUUUUGUUUGGAAUAAAAACAUUCUCUUGUGUCAUUCA